CAGGAUUGGCUGAGUCAGGAUGAAGGUCAUUGCUCUCCUCACACUUUCUGUGACCCUGAUCAGUCAGGGAUAUGGCAACUCCCUGGACUCGUGUCAGGGUCGGUGUGGUUAUGGAACGGACAAUAACUUCUCCUGUCAGUGUAACACAUCCUGUGAGCGCUUCGGAGAUUGUUGUGCAGACUACGCAUCACAAUGCAAAGCUGGAGCCAGAUCUUGUAAAGGCAGAUGUGACGAGAAAUACAACUCUCAGAACAAGUGCCACUGCAACUCCAAGUGCGGCCAGCACAACAACUGCUGCAACGACUACACAGACCUCUGUGAAAGUGAUGCAGGAGGUGGCAGCAGUGUGAUCACUGAUGCUGAUAUCAAGUCCGUCUCUGAGGUGCUUUAUGCUCUGGACUCAAACAAGGCCACAGCCUCAGAGCUGAUCAUUGACCCUCAGGCUUUGGUGCACAACUCUCAGACAAGCUCGCAGACAGAUCUCUCCUCUCGGCCCUUCUUCCGCUACGUGGACGGGGCGCUCCUCUCCAGACCCACAUAUGCUGCUUUCCUGGCUGUCUUGGACAACUACCUCAGGAUGACGGGACAGGCCGAGGUCUUCGGCCCGCAGCAGCUCACUGAGCAGAAGACUUUCAUCAAGGAGGCCAUGUCCAACACUGAGCUGGGCAGGGAGCUGUUUGCCUUCCUUUACACAAAGGGUGUCUAUGCAUCGGAGGAAGAGUUCCUCCAUGAUCUGAAGAUGAUGUGGUUCGGUCUGUACUCCCGCUACAACGGCAAGAUGGACUCCAGUGGCUUCGAACACAUCUUUGCAGGAGAGAUCAAGGGAGGAACAGUGUCUGGUUUCCACAACUGGAUCCAGUUUUAUCGUCUUGAAAAAAGGGGGCAGCUGAACUACUACAGCCACAGCUUCAAUGGGCCUUGGACGACAUUCCCUGAUGUCAUGGGGAUGCAGUUUAAGUGGGAUGGCUACUUCAAGCAGGUCGGAUCUGCCGUCAUCGGCUGCAGCCCUGAAUUCGACUUUGCCCUUUACAGCCUCUGCUACAUCACACGCCCCGGAAAACAGUGUCGUCUGAGCCUGGGAGGAAAGGAACUUAUCAUCCAAACCUACACCUGGGACAAAACUUCCUAUGGGAAUGGGAAGAAGUUCAUCGCCUCUGCCUUUCCUUCAACCCCCUGAAACGGCCAUCUGAUGAACAAUGAAAGUCUUUCUGUCAAUCAUUAGACUCAUCAUAUAAAUGCUUUGAAAUAAUAUUCCCAAUAGAAGCAUGUAUCUCAGUGAAGUAUGAAGCAUAUUUCAUUUGAAAAGUUAAGAGCUAUGGCCUGAUAUGAACAUAUAACACAUGCUGAUAUUCAUUCCCAACAAGCUGUAAUAAAGCAAUUUACCUAAUAAUUCAA